AUGGAGUCUACUAAGGUCCCCGUCAAGCUCGCUCGCCCCAGCAGUAGCAGUAGCAGAAGCAGCAUUCGACACGCAGUAGCAGCGGCAGCAGCAGCGGCAUCCAGCAUCAGCAUCGACACAUACAGCACUAUCAACAGCUACUUCGCCGACAGUUCUGAUGCCGGUAUUCGCGCCAAUAUGGGUGGAAACUUCGUCUUCGCUGGGCAUACGCGCAAACCGGGCGUCUCAGCGUUCGACAUUAGGACCGACGAUCCCAAUCUCUACAUUUGCUUACGACCCGACACAUUCAACUGCAUUGCUGCUGUCCUCCACAUUGCUACCUCGCUUCUCGACAUGCUGCUCCGGCGAAGGACGACGUGCCGCUCUUCGACCGAGCUCGUUACCAAGGUCCUCGGCCGUACCGGCUCGCGCGGUGGUAUCAUCCAGGUUCGCGUCGAGUUCAUGGACGAGACCCGCCGAUCGAUCAUCCGCAACGUCAAGGGCCCCGUCAAGGUCGACGACAUCCUUGCCCUCCUCGAGUCCGAGCGUGAGGCCCGACGACUCCGAUAA